ACAUCAUCAUUACAUCAGUCCCCCCCUCAAAAAAAAACCCCGAUUAUCGUCCAAUGGGAAGGCCCCCUUGUUGUGAUAAAUCGAACGUGAAACGAGGGCCGUGGACACCCGAGGAAGAUGCUAAAAUUCUCGCAUAUGUAGCAAGCCAUGGAAUUGGCAACUGGACCUUAGUUCCCCAAAAAGCAGGCCUUAACAGAUGUGGGAAGAGUUGUAGACUCAGAUGGACUAAUUAUCUACGACCUGAUCUCAAACAUGACAAUUUUACCCCCGAGGAAGAAGAAUGCAUUCUCGAACUGCACAAAACUGUCGGCAGCAGAUGGUCUCUAAUAGCAAAACGGCUGCCGGGGAGAACAGACAACGAUGUGAAGAACUAUUGGAACACGAAACUGAAGAAAAAGUUGGCUAAAAUGGGAAUUGAUCCCGUAACUCACAAGCCCUUCUCUCAGGUUUUCAGCGAAUACGGAAAAAUCAGCUGUUUUCCGAUUAACACAAACACUAACAAAAACCCGUUUCUCAAACCGGAAAGCAAUAAUACAUCAAUGGGCUAUGAUAUUAUGCAACGGCAACCGUAUUUUUCAUCUUCUUCGAAUGGAGUCAUGCGUUUUGGCUUAGGACAAAGUCACACGUGUGGGCCCUCUCAGGUGCAAAGCGUGCCUGCUUCUCCGUUCGAGUUAUCUAAUGAAUGUGUUUUGGGAGAUUAUUUGAGUAGUAGUAAUUAUGAGGCUGCUCAAGUUCAAGAAGAGGGGCAUAUACGUAAAACUAGCGUCGAAAAUAGUGGAAAUUACUCGUGCCAUGGAAAUUAUAGUGGAGCAUCAUCUUCAUCUUCAUUUGCUGCAGAUUCGUCGUUUGUCGAGGCUAUUUUGGCGCAUGAUAGCGAAAUGCGACUUCAGUUUCUCGACAUUUUGGAUGACGAUUACGGUUACUGAUCAUUUUCUGAUGUGUAAUUUUUUGUUGGAUUUGUUACUAAUUUCGGAAUAUUUUUCUUGCAGUUGGAAUAAUAUUUAAUUUGCGUAUACGCC